AUGCGAACUCGCUUUCUCAACAAUGACUACUUCGCUCUCCCUCCACCUCAAACCUUCCCCUUCCUCCACCUCCCCGUCCCUCGCCUCCUUCCGCCGCCGCCAUACGCCGUCUACCACCACCUCCGCUUUGGUCCUCCGAUCCCCCUCUCCCUCCACCUCGACCCCUUCCCCGUUGACGCCGUGCUCUCCACCUUCCUCUCCGCCGUCCUACCUCACCGAAUCCACACAGCUCCGUCGAAUCCCCCGCAAGAGGCGGAGGUUAUCUUCGAAGAAUGUGUCUCCGAAGUUGAUAUCAAAUUUUCGAAUGAGAGUAAAACUAUUGCUCUCAAUGAUAAGAACGAUGAUGUUUAUGAGGCGAUUCAAUUCGAAACACCAGAGCUUGACGCGUUCUUGGAAAAUGUUUAUGUCACUGAGACGGAGAGGAUGCAAAUGCUGUCUCAAACUUCAGAAGUUGAAAAUAGCCUGGACAUGCUCAAGCCUGAACCAUCAAGGCAAUACCCGUAUGAGGCUCUGGAAUCAGUAUCUUUGGUAGAAGAUGUAAUUUCAGAGUACUUGAUGGGGGGAAAUGCAUAUUCUCUAGAAGAUAAUAUUUCUGUUCAUCACCAGCCACACUCUGAUAAAAACAAAUUCCUUAUUUUGGAAGUGGAUGAGGAAACUUUGGGAAUUCCCACGCGCUUCUCUUUGGUAGAAAUUGUUGACUCAUAUUUUGAAAAUAUCAGAUCUCAAAAUUUUGAUGAACUAUAUCAAUCUGUAAUAGAGGGCAAGGAGCUUUUGGGUUCUAUGAAGCAUAACAUGAUGGAGUUUUUCUCAGAUGAGUGUGUAUCAAAGAAGAGUCUGGAGUUAUCUGAUCUGUUUCCUGAAAGGGAUUUUAUGAAUUUGCUGGAAACUGAACUUGUUGAUAGGAAUAUUGGCCUGCAAAGGACAUGGCAUGCUAACAGUGAUUUGAUACUGAAUCUUGUUACCUUCCAAGAGUUUGCGUUCCUUGACAAAGACUUAAUGCAAACCUUUGAAGCUUUCUAUGACACAAAAGCUUCAGAUGAUCUAGUAACAUACGAGUGGAUGUUUAAGAAAGAGUUUAACUUCAAGAGUUUUGAUGAAUUGAUUGUUAGUAAUGAGAUAGCACUAACAGAUGACACGUUCAAAUCACUGCCUGUACCUGUUAUCUAUGAUCACAUAAAGAUGAUAACUCUACAUGACAUCAUCGUAGAACAAUUUUCCAGCUUGAAGACCCGACCUCUCUCUGCCUCUGAUGGGAUUUACUUAAACUGGGAUCUACUUGAAGAAGAUAAGUGCAAUUGCAAAAUCUCUAACUGGUAUCAGAACAUAUUGGCCAAGAUAGAUCUGAACAACCAAGAUUUUGGAGGAACAUCUUUUGAUGAUGGAAAAUUGGUAUUUGAUCUAGUUUUCUGUGAUGAUACCAUAGAUGAAUGUGACAUUAAACAAAAUGAAGAGUUGAAGAAGUUGCUUUCUGAUUGCAUGCCUCUACUUGAUAAUCAUCCUGUAGAAGUUGCUUCAGGAAAAAUUUUAGAACAUGUAUCUUCUAAACAAGAAAGUCAAGAACAAUUACCUGAAAGAAAGGAGAGGGCUUCAUUGUUAUUUAAAUCUAUGUCAGAAAUCAGCAAUCUUGAUUAUUUCUUAAACCCUCAAAAAGCGACUGAUAAGGGGAAUUGUAAUUAUACAGUAGAGUCCAGUAAUGUUAAUGUUAGUAUUCCAAAAGUUUCAUCCAAUGAAUCGAAGGUUGGUACACAGUCACAAGGAUUCCAUACUGUUCUGCAUAGAGUUAAGUUGUCCAAUAAUAUUGUGACCCUUGCUGGAUAUUUUGAAAAAAGCUAUCUAGCCAUUUUGCACAGUGAUACAGAGAUGACAAAAAUGCAUAACUCGGAUGCAGAUUAUUUAAAAUUGUUGGGUCUUCAAAAGCACAAGCUGAUUGAAUACCAUAUAAAUGGAAACCAAAUGGCAUUUGUCGUGUUAUGUGCUAUUAAACAGGCUGCUUGGUACUUGUGUUUCUAUGGUCUCCAUCCAGCAUUCUUUUAUUUAGACAAAUUAUGUCAAAACUUGGAGUAUUUGAAAUCAAAGUUAGGCUUCCUCCAAUCUUUGAUCAAAGAUGAAAAGGGGAAGGUGGACAACAAUGUUACUAUGGCACACCCGUCAUUAACAAUUGUCAAGGAGAUUUUACAAUCAUACAUCAAACAGAAUAGUUUGAAAACUUUGAUUGUGGCGGAAGAAGUAUUUUGGUAUUCAUUGAAAAAUCUCCUCCUUUCCCUGGGGUUAUCAUUCAUUGCACUAAAUGAUUCUUGUAGAAAUCAGCCAUGUGCCAAUACUGUGUCUGAGGACACAGAUACUAAAAUGAAAGAACUUCUGAUUUCAGACUGCUUGUUGGUUUCACACAAGCAUGUUUCUCCCUUGUUUCCAUUGAACAAAUUUGACAUUAUCUUGGAAUAUGGAGGUUCAUAUGACUCAUCUAGGAUAUCUAAGCUUUCACAAAACUUGGUUGGAUUGCCUCAUCUUCACUUUUUGAGGGUUGAAUUGGAUGGCCAUGCUGCUCUCAAAGCACUCUGCGAAGGUGUUGAAAUGCUCCCAAACAUUGAAAUGUCAAUGGGAAGUGAGACUCAUCUUAUUUUCAAUCAUAAGGUAAGUAUGAUGAACCAGAACUUGGAGAGACUACUGAACUUUUGUCCUGUGGAGCAAAGCUAUGAUAAAAAAUCUUCCAAGGUUGCACCUGAAGCAGAUAAUCACAUGCCGCUAGUUCCUGCUGUGAAAACUGAGCAUGGCCAUAAAAGCAUGGAAGUUUUUCCUGGAACAGUUAUGAUCGUAAAUACUCAAAAUGUAGAUAAGGAAAUGAUAAUGUCUAGAAGAAGCUCUUACCUGGUAAUUCUUGCUAUGGAGAAAGAAGGAAUUCAAGUUGUUGAACGUGAUUUAGAUUUGCCUGUGGAUAUUAUAUUAAGUUCUGCUAUUUGCUUGGCAUGGUAUGAUAGUAGAAACCUCGGGAAGAAAUCAACUCCAGCGACUGAAGCGUCCUCAAGCUUGCCUUUAUGUAUUGAGAAUAUUGCCACAGAUGUUCUGACAUUGCUUAGUUUUUACUUCCGUGGUUGCUUUCUGGUGUUUGAAGGAGAGCUUAACUUUCUUUCAACUGUAAUGGAAUCCUCAGAUGGACUUUAUGCUGCAGCAACAAGCCUAGGAAUUGAUUUGCAGAUAUUCUUCUCUUACUCACCUGAGUUGACAAAUGAAGUUAUUGUAAGCUGCAUUAAGAGUGCUAACAAUAUGAAUAGGGGUCUGUAUCCUAAAAUGCCUGACUCAGUGACUCUUGCCGAGUCAUUUCUUACAGAAUUUCCUGGAAUAAAUCCUUUAACUGCACACUCUAUACUAUCUUCAGGGGUCAAGCUUAAUGAGUUUCUUGUGUGGUCACAUGAGCAAAGGAUGCAUGUUUUAGAAAAGUAUCAUGUCCCAGACGAAAGUAUUUCUCUAUUCAGUGUUUUCUGCAGAUAUGGGGAACGGGAGGACUCAAAAUCCAUAAUGACAGAUUGCUCCUCUUCAGUAUCUUCUGGUCUGGACUCAGAUUGGUGUUGUUUAUAUCAAGUUGAAAAUGAAAGAAAAAGGAAAAAUCCUAUAAGUAGUCAUCAGAUAGAUGAACUAUGUUUGGAUGAAUUGUUGCAAUUUGAGACAUUAAAUCAAGUAGUUGAGGCUGCGCCGGAUUCCUCUACCUUGCCAAAACCUUUUGAUUUUGUUAUGUCAAAAAAUGCUGGAAGAUCCAGUGACUUAGCAAACGCAAGUUUGUCCAUGAGUGAGUUUUUCGGUCAAAAGCAAAGCACCGGUGCAGCUACAAUGAGAAACCUUUCUGGAGUCUCUUAUUCAGCAGGGAACUGCAAAGCUCCCAACAAAUCAGAGCAACUGAAACAACCCAGUUUAUCCUUGAAAAAUAAAGAGUUGGCUCAAAAUGAAAUACUGGGUACUGCUUUGAUGGGCAAAGGUGUGAAUUGGCAUAACUUUAGUAAUUCAAAGAAGCUGCAUGAAGACAUUAGAGGUGAGGUGGUGGACUUGACUGAUAGCCCCUUAUUUGAUAAACGCUUUGCCAUUCCUGAUUCCAUGUAUUUCACAAGUUUGAUGGCAGAGAAAGAGAAAGAUCUGAUGAGAACGAAUAAAAUUGCAAGGAAAUUGUCAUUUGAUAAUAGUAGUCACCCAGAAACCAACUCAUCAAAAAUAUGGAGAUCCUUAAAAGACAAACGGGGAGAAGUUGACAACUACCCUGAACCAGAUUUUCGAGAAGAUAUAUUUCCUCUUGAUUUCAAGCCCCGUGAAAACAUUGGCUUUACUCAGGCAUCGAUGAGAAACUUAGAAGAAUCACCAUUCAAGGAGGAACUGUCACAUUUGGGAGAAACUCCAUUCUCAUAUGCCCGCCAGUCUGCUAGUAUAUUAAAGAAUUCACCUUGGACGAUUGAGUUUAUUAAUAAAGUAAAAGAAAAGAGCAGAUUGCGUCAAAAAUCAUUAUCAAGUGAGAACUCUGGCCCUUAUUUUGGGUACCCCGGGAGCAUGUCCAAAACUUCUAAGCGAAGAAGUCCUUCCGUAAUUGAUUUGUUUAAGAACCAACCUAAUAGAACAUCUGGAAAUGUUCCGAAACAGAAGAGACAGAAGCGAUCGGGACCAUCUUCAAACUCGGUCAAGAAAGCAAGAGAUUCCACUUCAUCAUGUACUCCUUGUGAUAAGAAAUCAACGAAGACACUGACCUUUGGGAGGUACGGAAGUGGAGGCCAAACAAGACUAGUUUGGAGUGACAAAAAAGACUUAUGCCAGGCACAAUAAUCCAUCAUUGAAGAAAAGAAUGGAGAUUUUAUAUUAUAUACGACGGUGGCUUUAACCUUUUGAGAGAUGUGUAAUCAUGUGAUGAUGUGAGAGAGACAAGAAACUAGUUGGGGAGGGGAAUAGAAGGCACGAACAUGCAGGAUUGCGCCUGAAUUCGCAAACUUUAGAGGUAGGGACACAGUCAGUGGCUCAGUUUCUGCAGCAAAAUCAGCAAAGUCAAUCGAGGAUUCUCCAAGAAAGCCAGAUUUUGAAGAUCCCUGCAAGAACCUAUAGAGAUUAGACUUUCCAGCAACAUAUCCUAGACAGGUUCCAUCCUGGACAGCAACUUUCUCUAGUUUCACCGUUGGCUUCCCAACAUCGUCCGGCACCAAAGCUACCAUCAGUACAGACUUUUUCAUAUUUGGCACCUGAUGAUAUAAUAAAUUGGCAUAAAACUACCCACAAUAAGUUAUCAAACUCACUUACCAAAAUCUACAAUGUGAUAAGUGAUUCUGUAUAAAUUUCAAACUUCCUGGCAAUAUGUUUAAAAUUGUAACUUUGUAACUACUAGGCCAAACCUCAUUUUGUCAUUUAGUAUAUAAUGGAUAAAUAUUUACCUGAGUUGCCUGAAA